AUGCCAGGGAGCUCUAGCUUCAGCAGCUCAGGUAGCUACGCAACAGUCAGAUCACAAUCGUCAGUGCCAAAUAAAAGGCUGGCCACCUGCCUAGACCAUACCAGGCGCCAGCCACUUCUUCUAGCAUCUCUUGUGCCCCUCAUUUUGACAACAACACCACAAAAUCAUCUCGAGAAUCGCAUCUACGAACAUCGCGCGAACGUCACUACGAUGGCAGACGAACAGACUGUCUCCGAGAGGAAAGCUCCUAGCUCGAGCAGCAGGGGCCGAGUCGCCAACUCCGUGCAGGCCAGAGCUCAGGAGGUCUUGCAGGAGGAUUAUGACAAGGCCAGAGGUCUUGUUGCCGACGCCGCCAAGAGCAGGUCGUACCUGUAUCCUAUUAAGGGUAUCAUCUACUUCGCGUCCCAUCGAGCAUUGUGGAAGCCUCUCUUGUCGCGUAUCGGAAGCUAUAUUCUGCUAUCCGCGGGUGUUAUAACCGGCAUGUUCGUAUUUACCUAUGUGCCGCAGCUCGCCGUCUUAGUCUUUGUCAACGGUCCCCUGGCCGUUUUCACCACUGUCCUUCUGAUCCUGAACGAGAGUUCAGCAAUCAUCAACUUCGUCUCGCGGUCGUACUUGUUGCAGGAUGCACUGCUGGAUAUUUUUGACGGCACUCUGCUUUCAAGAGGCGAGGACGGUAUUGUCAAGGAGGGUAGACAGGUUGGCCCUGGUUCGGACCCCAUGCAGAAAUUGGGCAAGAUCCUCAAGAACCCAUUCGAGAGAUUCAGCCCGAAGGCGCUCAUUCGAUACCUCGUCUACCUUCCCUUGAACUUCAUCCCUAUCGUAGGAACUGGAAUCUUCAUUCUUCUUCAAGCUCGGAGCAGAGGACACAGUGUCCAUGGUCGUUACUUCCAACUCAAAAACUGGUCGGCUUCUCGAAGAGCGGACUGGCUCAAGAAAAACACCGGACCUUACACGGCGUAUGUCUGA